UGCAGGGGCAACGCUCAACGCAACUCAAUCGCAGCCCACACUUUGCUCAUUUCCUGAUCAACGUUUCCCACUAAAUCCACAACCACCAUCGACCGCGACCUACACCAUUCAGAUUCAUCCCCCACUAUUUCCGAGUUUGACCAGGGGAAUAUCUCGGGGGCUGUUGUAAGGCACGCCACGCUUGGUCUACGCCCUCGUCUGUAGAGGUCCAUUAUGCUUGGGCCGCUUUCGCCGAUGCCGAGUUCUGUUCUCAAUCUUUCAACCCCUAUCAGCAACCAUCGACAAGAAAUCCCCGACAUCAUGGACAUGGAUCUAGACGACGCUCCUUCGAGGAGAAAUAACACACAGCAAACUACCGCGGGCGACAACGUCGAUAACAGCGAGAGCAGCGAAGCUGGCAACACGACAUCGCCGCCCAUCGGCCGUGAUCCCUCGCCGCCGAAAUCUGCCCGCCCCAUGUCGCGCAUCAUCUCCGGCAACGAGCUCUCCCCUCUGAAGAUUCUCCAGCACCAGCCGCAACAGCAGCCAUUGCAGGUGCCUGAAAGCGCCGAGUCCCCUCUAUCGCCUGCGGCAAAGAGCAUGGCCCCGCCCCCGCUUCCCCAAAGCGCCCGCAAAACACCCAUCAAGCGUUUUCCCGUCAAGAUCAACCCUUCGUUGCCUGGCAGCGAGGAGACGACACGCUCCUCGUCACGAGACUCGCAAGAUCGUCACCGGAUAAGCCUGCAGGACGUGAUACGCGAAAACGGAGGCAUCAAACAAGCAAUCGACAUAUUCGAGGACGACGAUGUUGACAUGACCGGCAUCGAGGGAGACAGUGGUCCUAAGGACACUCUUCUACAAAAUACGUCGGGCAAUAACACGGGCGGCGAACAUGAACACGCGACACACGAAGACUCCGUCUGCGAAGGGAACGAUACCAUGGUUAGCACGUUCAGCACGUUUUCGGCUGUCCCAGACCUCACCAAGUUUUCACACAUGCGAUCCGAGAGCGCAAGCAGGUUCUCGGUGCUCGGUGGAGGGGUGUCGCCUACGAAACAGACACCGCGCGCAAACGGCCUGGUGCCGGAUAAUAGAACAACGACCGGGAAGAAGAGAGACUUCGACUCGGGCAACACCUCAAACCUGCUAGACUUUACGGAUUCACUACGAUAUGGAGGCUAUGGAGCACCACAGACAUCGCCCACACGCCGCACCCAGUUCGCAUCGCCGAGGCCUGGUAGUACUGACCCUCCCACCACGACACCCCAACGCCCGGGCAGCAAUCUUUCCAACAUCCUCGACUUUGACAUCCCACCCAUGCCGACACCGCGCAGCGUCCCGACCAUCACGCCACGCGAACUUGAAACCCUGAAAUCGGGCUUCCUUUCCGAGAUCAGCAGCCUCAAGGCUUCGCUGAGCGGCAAGGAAGCAGAAGUCACGUCGCUGAAAACAGCUGUGAGCGACGCCGAGAAGCGGGUUGGCGAGUGCAUGGAGCGGCUUCACGAGGUGGAGAGCAUGCACGAGUCACUAGAGACCGAGAAAAAUACCUGGGAGCGGCGGGGGCGGGAAAUGGAGACUGUGUUGCGCCAGGUCAAGGAGGAGAUCGUGCUCGGUCAGCGCGAGAGGGAGGAGCUUGAAUUCAAGCUGGACGAGGCCGAGAAGCGUAGGGAGGCGGCCGAGAUGAUGGCCCAGGAUGCCGAGAGCAAGAUGGCCGGUAUGCGUGCUGGACAACCAUCGUCCAACAAGGAGGUGGAGAUGGCAGUGGAGCGCGUAGCUCGCGAGCUUCAUGCGCUGUACAAGAGCAAGCACGAAACCAAGGUGGCGGCACUCAAGAAGAGCUACGAGAGUCGCUGGGAGAAGAAGGUGCGCGACCUGCAGGCGCAGGUGGAUGAGCUGAGCCGGGAGAACGAGGAGCUGCGAAAACAGAGGGACCAAGAUAAGGCGGCGUUGGCGACCCUUAACCCGGCGCGGCUUACAGAGCUGGAGGAGGAGCGCAAGGCUGACCGGGCGCGGAAUGCGGUGCAGAUCACGGAGUUCGAGGCCGAGGUGGAGAAGCUUGUGGCGAUUCUCCAGACAGUCAAGGACGAUAAUGAUGAACUCAGGACACUCUUGGAACAGGAGAGAAUCGAAAAAGGAGAGCUGGUUCGCCUGGCCGAGGAGAUGAUGAGCAUGCAACAAGAGCCGCCGACGCCUGCGCCCGCGCCUGCACCUACCCACCUGUCGACUGCCAAUGGCCGGGGCCUUUCCGACCGUAGGGUAAGCGAUAUGAGCGCCACUAGUAACGGCGAUGGUGGACAUCAUGCGCCGCAGCCAGCGAGCAUGACCUCCAAGAUUGGAGCGAAGCCAAGACUGGGUCUCGGCGGUGGGCCGGGCGCCGUACGCGCGCCGACAAAGACACAGUCAGCAUCCGGAAUCGCUCCUCCGUCGGGUAUGGAGGGGGCCUUCCGGGCCGGUGGUGUCGGACGCCCGACUAGCAUGAGGGCGCCGGGCGGAAGUGGCCUCGGGCUGAAGGCCUCGGCGGCGAGCAGAAUCGGGCUUGGUGGCGGCUCGGGUCACGGAAGGGCUCAGAGCGCUACGGCAUCGGGGCCGAAUGGCGUGAGUGGGUUGCCGCGGCCGGGGUCGGGAAUGGGAUUGAGAGGUAGCGGGACCUUGGGCGGUGGUACCACUGGUUUUGGCGGUACGGGGGGCUAUCGGGGACACUGAGGAGGUGUGACCAAGCCUACAAGUACAACCCAACCUCUUGUCAUGAAGGUUUUGAAGCAACAAGAUAAAGGAGGCGGAGAGGGCGGCAACGGGGAGGGUGCGAUUACAACCACCACUCCAACCAGAACGACAACGAAACGAACUGAUGCGAAAUGAAUGUGUUCAGAUUACCUUUUGACUUUUCUACAUUAUAUCCACAUACGCCUUAUUCUGUCUUUUGUCUGGUGGAAAGAUCGGCAAGACAACAGAGAUUGGAGUAAUACAAUCAUGCUUUUCCCCUACCGUUCUUGCCUCUCUUCUACAUAUAUAGAUAGGAUCGGUGCCAUAGAUACGUACCCCUUGCUUCAGCGAUUUGAUCCUAUUUAUCUUGUAAAGACCAAUGACCUUUGAUGCUCCAC